AGCGGGUAUGCUACUUCCUGUAGACAUACUUUUGUUUGGCCGAACGGAACAGCUGUCUGGAGGCGGAUAGAACCAUAUCAUUAGGAAUUAAUAGGAUCUCUGAAUAGAAGUUACUGGUCUUGCUGUACUACUUUUGUGUUCAGUGGCACUCAUCAAGAUGCUGGCGUUAAUUAACAGACUUUUGGACUGGUUUAGGUCUCUCUUCUGGAAAGAAGAGAUGGAGCUCACGUUAGUUGGACUUCAGUACUCCGGGAAAACCACCUUUGUCAAUGUGAUAUCAUCUGGUCAGUUUAGUGAAGACAUGAUUCCCACAGUCGGCUUCAACAUGCGGAAGGUUACCAAAGGCAACGUGACGAUUAAGAUCUGGGACAUAGGUGGACAGCCUCGCUUCAGAAGCAUGUGGGAGAGGUACUGCCGAGGAGUCAAUGCCAUUGUUUACAUGGUGGAUGCAGCAGACCGUGAGAAGGUAGAGGCCUCCAGGAACGAGCUCCACAACCUGUUAGACAAGCCUCAGCUACAAGGCAUCCCUGUUCUAGUGCUUGGUAACAAGAGAGAUCUUCCCAGUGCGCUUGACGAGAAGCAACUCAUCGAAAAGUUGAAUUUGUCAGCCAUCCAGGACAGAGAAAUCUGUUGUUACUCUGUUUCCUGCAAAGAGAAGGACAACAUAGAUAUCACUCUGCAGUGGUUAAUCCAGCAUUCCAAGUCUUGAAGGAGCUGAGUGUAGGUCAAGCCUGCUUCUGUGUCCUCCUUGCUGCCUCUGAAGUGGUUCUCUACCGCCCUGUCUACUCUCAACCCACCACCACCACAUUCUGCACCGUUUGUGUAGUCUUCAAUUCACCACCACAACACCAACCACUGCUUACACUGCUUAGUCUUUCAGUUGUCACAAUACAGUGAUGAAGGACAGCGGAGAGUACCUACUCAUCAUACCUGUUUUCAGUGGAGAAGUUCUACGGGUUUGUGUCCAUCCUUUGGUUUUAACGCUACUAACUGGGUUCAGGGAGUCUCAUGACCUCCCAGCCCACUGGCAUCAUAUCAGUUUGACUCUGUAUUUAGGUGGUGGAAUCCAGUCUCUUCAUUCAGUAUCUACUCCAGUUCAAUGUCCCCAUUUGGUGUCAAUGUAAUAUUGUUUGAUUAUAAUUAAGGUUUUUGCCAAAACACGUCGCAUGUGUGAAUGCCUUUAUAUCCUGACACACUGUGAUAUAUAUAUAUAUAAUGUACGUUAAUUGAUUUGCUGGUCAAUGGACAUAUUUAAUGAUGUAUUUUAUGAAGUGGCUUACAGUUUACAUGACAUGGAAAGUAAGACUGUAUGCAAUGCUGUAGUCUUGAGCUCAGUCCUAAAAGGGGUCUGCAGAGUUUUAAGUGCCUUCUGCAAAUUAGCUUUUCAUGCAAGAAGAUGAUCCUCACACCAUACAGAUAUGCUGUACAUAAUGAAUGUUUUGAUUUUUGACCCACGUCAUUUACUUAGUUGUCUCUGGACAUGUUCAUUCAACUCUGUAGAAUCCCACGUUAUUUAAUGCACUUGUGUAAAUAUGCUUCAAUAAUGAAAAGUCAUUGAUGUAAAUAGGAUGAAAUGUAGCUUGAUUUGAAGGGGAAGCAGAAAAACUGGAAGUUCGCCACAUUUUGUGAAAGAUGAAUAAUAAUGAUACUUUUCAGGUUGUAACUGCUUUUUGAGUGUCUGUCUCAUUGGUUACUCUUGAAUAUCAAGCCCACAGAGGGUCAUUAUAAUUAAAUUGAUCAGAAAGCCAGCCAGUGUUACUCAUGGAGGAGGUUAUGGCAGACGUCACUCAAUUCCUCACAAUGAUGAUCAGUCUCCCUCAUCUGUUGUCUGAGACCGUUUUACAUGGAUGCUUUGUCAUCUCUAAGCUUUUGCUUGAAUAAUGAUGUAUUUUGUGAAGCCUUACUGAUCCAAGGAAAAUGCUGCAAGCCACAAGAUGUCACUUGUCUUAGUUUCACAUGUUAUAUUAAAGAGUCAUUAUCAGUUCUA